CGUGGCGAACCAGACCUCUGGCGUAGAGUAGCAGUUACACGGCCAUGUUGCCAAACCCCCGCUCUUCUCCCUCUUCCCCCUCUUCCUUCCUCUAGCUCCUCACUGCUCCGUUUUUCUGUUCACAUCCCUCGCGAAUACUAUCAUAAAUACUGCCCCGCUGAACCGAAUCGAAGAAGCAGCAGUCCCCUCUCUCUCGCCGUCUCCAUCACCGCCCUCGAUAAUCUACUCCAGAGUCCGGUCAACAUGCCUUACGACAAUCACAACCAGCACUAUGAGUGCGUUGGAUCUGGCAUCAACCACGAGGGCACUCGAUAUCAUACGCGCGACUACGGACCCAAUGUCCGGAACAGAUACUGCUACAAUUACUCCAGCACCGAUGGUAGCUACUAUUAUACCAACCCUGAUGGUUCCACCUACUACAAAGACAACCAGGGGAAUAUUACUUACACGCCUCCCGCGCCCGACAACGCCAGUGUGACUGCCGAAGUCCAACGGGUGUCCGCGGAAGUCGAAAAAUCUCUCUUGGACACCGUCGAGAUGCUCCGUGAUGACGAUUCCAUGAUAUCCAGGCGCAAAUUGAUCGAAGUAUUGACAGAUGCCGCCGACUCGCUAGCUCGGCUCAACUUGGCUCCUGGACAGACCAAGAACGCUGCGACGCCUGCAGUUGCAAGGCCAUUGUCAGCCUCCAAGCCCCCGUUUGCAGACGGCCCUGAGUUUAAGAUAUCCAAGAAAGACGAGGAAGUUGAGUCACUAGCUCGGCUUAGCGUAAAUGACACCAAGGCAGUUGCCGGAGAACGGUCAACUGCUCCAAGGACUUCCGACCCAUGGAUGCAACGAUCACCGAGGGCGAAGACAAGGGUAUAGAUCGCUCCGGAACGCAGCCAGAGGGCUGAAGUUCUUGGGCAGUUCGGAUGCCUUAACUCAUAUAUAACUAUUACUAUGUACCUACUAGCAGAUAGGUCGGAAGGCGGAAGCGGGAAAUCACAUGGUUGGGGAGAUUUGAUGGUGAUGAUUCUGUACUGGUCGAAGUUCGCCCAGGUGCGAACGGUGGCUGGGGAUGGUUGGGGGGGGGAGGGGGGGAGGAGG